CACGUGUUAAAUGUGUUCAAACAAUUUAAUGCUCCUAUAUAUUCAAUUGGACGAUCUGAAAAGUUUGGAAUGACUUCAUAAAUGUCAAAGUUCAAAAUCGAACUGUCUUGGAUUCGACAGUGUUAUCCUUGAUGUCUCUAUGGGAAGAAACUAGCUACCAAUUAGAACGUCGUCAAACAAAUGUGGAAUGUGCAUUACAAGAGUUUGAUGGACUCAAAGAUAGAGCUGCGCCAGUUUACAAGUUGUCCUUUAACCCUGAUGUAAAACCUGUUAGGAUUCAUAAAACUUUAACUUCAAAGAUCACCGUAGCCGUGAUAAGAGAAGAAGGCAUAAACGGCGAUAGGGAAAUGGCGGCAGCCUUGGUGCAAGCCGGCUUUGAGGUUUAUGAUGUGGCAAUGCAAGAUUUAUUAGACAACAAAGUAACAUUUGACAGGUUCAAAGGUGUCAUUUUUCCUGGUGGCUUCAGUUAUGCCGAUGUCUUGGGCUCAGCCAAGGGAUGGGCAGCAAGUCUCCUCUUCCAUCCGUCUUUACAGAAGCAAUUGGAAGCAUUUAUCUCUCGUAAAGACACGUUCAGUUUAGGAGUUUGUAACGGAUGUCAAUUAAUGUCCCUGUUGGGAUGGAUAGGAAACGAAACCGGUAAUGUUGAAGAACCAGAGGUUUUCUUAGAUCAUAAUCUAUCCGAGAGGUUUGAGUGUCGGUGGAGUACGGUCAGAAUUGAUAAGUCACCAUCCAUAAUGCUGAAUGGAAUGGAAAAUAGCGUAUUAGGCGUGUGGGUUGCACAUGGCGAGGGAAGAUUUACUUUCAGAAACGAUGAUACGUUGAAGAAGCUUCAAAACAAUAAUUGCUUGGCCAUCAGAUAUACUGAUGAUUACGGCAACCAAACCGAACAAUAUCCUCUUAAUCCUAAUGGUAGUACAGGUGGUAUUGCUGGUAUCUGUUCCGCGGAUGGACGGCAUCUCGCGAUGAUGCCACAUCCUGAACGAUGUACGCAAAUGUGGCAGUGGCCUUGGAAACCCGCAGAUUGGGUGAAAUACGAGAUUUCGCCAUGGCAACGUAUUUUUGAUAACGCGUACGCCUGGUGUUUGUCUAAACAAUGAUUCAAUACAUUCCACACGAUAACAGCCUAUUAGUGUACAUAACAAGAUUGCCUAUGUUCUGAAUGAAUUAACUUUUCAUAGAUUAUAAAAUUCUUUAUUUUCUACUUUCUUAACAAAGUAUGGUAACAUUGUGUAGUCAAGUACAAUAAAAAUGGUAAAUUACAAUUAGAAA